UAAUUUUGACAUUUCAGUUGUUUUGGCGUAAACUGAAAACUGCAUUUUUGUACGUACUUCUGGAAUUCCAAUUUGAUUUACUUUUUGUAAUGCAACAAUAAAACAUAAAUUUGUGUUAAAUUAUAAACAAAAAUUAAUUUAAAACAAUACAAAAACAAUGGAUGACUUAAAUCCUCUUGCUGGAACUGCCCAUUUGCUUGAAGAAGUUGAUAAAAAACUAAUGGUCCUUUUAAGAGAUGGACGCACUCUAAUUGGUUAUCUUCGGUCCGUGGAUCAAUUUGCCAAUUUAGUACUGCACAGAACAAUCGAAAGAAUUCAUGUGGGAAAUGAGUAUGGUGAUAUUCCGAGAGGUGUUUUCCUCAUUCGUGGCGAAAAUGUUGUUCUUUUGGGUGAAAUUGAUCGUGAAAAAGAAUCCAAUUUACCAUUGAAAGAAAUAUCAGUUGAGGAAAUCCUUGAUGCCCAACGUCGAGAGCAAGAACAGCGACAGGAAAAACACAGGCUAAUAUCGAAGGCAUUGAAAGAGAGAGGUUUAGCUGUUAAUUCCGAUAUUAUAAAUGAAGAUUGCUUUUAAGAUAAUAAAAUAAAUUUAAAAAAAUAUAUUACUUACCUAAAAAAAU